AAACUUUCGGAGCGCACCGCGGAUAUUCUCCAUAGAGUUUUCAGCUCCUGCUUCGGAACUUCGCCGAGUUAUAGGAGACAGAAAAAGUGUCAGACAGAAACGACUAAGCUGAGCCGCUGGAAUGGCGAAGGGGCGGAAUGGUCCUCCAGCCGAGCGGCACAUGUGAGCCAAGAGGCCACCGGUACUUUUUUUUUAAUAUUUCAAAGCAGACGGAGACAGAGCAGUAAAAAGAAAGUAUAUAGGAGAGACAUAUAAAGUCUCGGAGAGCUGACUGUCAGAAGUGUCCUGUCACCUAGACACGAUGGUCUGUCUGCCGGGAUUCAGCUGGGUCUUCCUGAGCGCGCUCCUGCACACUGUGGCACCCUGGGGCGCACACCGACCGGACAGACCGAGGCAAUGUGACGCACCAAAAUCGCAAAGUGACAUGAACUCUUUCCUGUGGAGAGUAAAGCGUGCUCCUCCUCACACCCCUUCUUACUUAUUUGGUACCAUCCACGUGCCCUACACUCGAGUAUGGGACUUCAUCCCCGACAGGUCCAAGCAGGCUUUCCACAACAGCCGCAAUGUUUUCUUUGAGCUGGACCUGACCGACCCUCUGACCAUCUCCAAGCUGACCAGCUGCCAGCUGCUCCCCCAUGGGGAAAACCUGCAGACCCUGCUACCUCGAGACUUGUACCGCCGCCUCAAACGUCACCUGGACUAUGUCAAACACAUGAUGCCUCACUGGAUGACUGCUGACCAGCGUGGCCGAGGCCUGUAUGCUGACUACUUGUUCAACGCCAUUGCGGGAAACUGGGAGAGGAAACGGCCUGUGUGGGUGAUGCUGAUGGUCAACUCAUUGACGGAGUGGGACGUUCGGUCAAGGGGGACGCCUGUGCUGGACCUGUUCUUGGCUCAAGAGGCUGAAAGGAUGGGAAAGACGACAGGGGCAGUGGAGCGGGUGGAGGAGCAGUGUCACCCCCUCAACGGGCUAAACUUCUCUCAGGUGCUGUUUGCUUUGAACCAGACACUGCUGCAGCACGAGGGUGUCCGAGCAGGCAGCCUGCAGGGCUCCUACACCACCGAAGACCUCAUUACCCACUACAACUGUGGUGAUCUCAGCUCUAUCAUCUUCAACCAUGACACCUCACAGCUGCCUCACUUCAUCAACAGCUCCCUGCCUGCUCAUGACCGUAUGACAGCCCAGCAGAUCGACAGCUACUUCCGGCAGGAGCUCAUCUACAAACGCAAUGAGCGAAUGGCUCGCCGUGUGGCCUCCUUGCUGCAGAGAAAUCCCAACCAGACGUACUUUUUUGCUUUUGGUGCAGGUCACUUCCUUGGGAACCACAGUGUGCUGGACAUCCUGAGGCAGGAAGGCUAUGAGAUCGUCCACAUGACCCCUGAUCACCAAGAGCCCGUCACAGAGUGUGCAGAUACAUGUGGACAUCAACAGAGCCCAUCAAACAGAGAAAGAAAGAAACAACUCAGCCAGUUCACAUCUGUCUUAUUCUCUCUAGAGUCGAGCUAUUUAACCUCAGAAGAUUUAUUGAAGUGCAAAGUAGAUACGGUCCAAAUUGUGCUGUGUAACAAAUAAAGCUCAACUAUACAUGAAUCCUUUGAUACCUCAUCAACUCCCUCACCUUCCUCCCUUGCUCUUUCCCCCCUCCUAUCCUUGCUCUCUCCCCUGGCUGCCAAAGGCGAGCUGCCAGUGGUGGUUCUGCCUGUUCUCAGCAGCCACCGGUACCAUCGUCAACACAAACACACACAAUGUGUAUGCAGGCAGAGUGGAGUGGUGCACAGUGCCAAGGAGCAGGGUUGUACACACACUCAAACUCACACAGAGGCUUGGCGUCCGGCAACAUUUUCUUCUACAAUCCCUCUUAACAUCUCAGUGUGUUUGUGUGCACCCCCUGUUCUUUGGCACAGAGCAACUCACCUCUUACCUAGGAGGUUGAUCCAUGGGCCCAUAAAAUUGUAACAAAAGCCACUUGAAUCAGGGUGAAAAUGGAAAAACGAGGCAAAACAAGGGGCAUCUCUUUAAAAGCAGUAAAUACAUCCUCCAUCCAUCCACCCGGGGCUUUUACAAACUUCUAACUGCAAACUACAGCUGUUAAUGUCCCUAUCUCCCUCCGCCCUGUUUGCAGAGUUGUGGGCUUUAGCCAGUGGUUCUGGUUUAAAAAGCUGACAAGUGGACUGACUUGCUGUGGUCACAAAACACUUGCGCGUGCGGCACACACUAGGCAACCGCACGACCACACACUUACACGUGUGCAUGCACGCAGACACUUUUAGCUCCCUGAUACAAGGUGACAUGACAGGCAAGGAAAAACACCGCAAGACUGCUCAAAGAGAGGUGUUUAUGAAAGCUGUUAGCCUCAGACCAGAACCGAUUGGCAAAAGGUCUUAAAGAGUGAUUAUACGACUGAAUGACAGAGCAGAGCAGAGCAGGGUUUGGCUCUACAGUAGCUUGACCGCGGGCCUGGAGCUAUCAUCAUCUUGACCGGGGAGGGGGCAGUAAAAGUAGAAGUGCAGAACAUUAAAUUUAUGAUGACCAGAGAGACUAAACUAAUUAUGAGUGAGCAGUGGAAAUAAUGACCAAGAUCCUUCCUACAAUCUAUAAUAUCAUGUUUAGUAAUAUGAUUUAAAAAAAUCUGACAUUAACGUAGAAAAUCCUGUUACUGUAUUUUUAGACUUUCUGCUGCUUGUUUCAUUGCAACACCCUUAGUUGACGUUCACACUAGGUUCUUUUUGAUAUUCUACCUUGAGACACAAAGUCACAUGCGAGCCAUAUUGACAGGGAUAUAAAAACAGAGGAGAAAGUAUGAGUAAUGGGUGGAAGAAAGAGGAGCAUGGUAAAUGUUUUCGAGGAGAGGUCGGUGAUUCUGGGUGGUCUGCUUUGGGUAACAGUACAGCCACAAGAGUUACAACUUCCCCUAAUGUUGCCUGCUGAGUAUUUCUGCCACUCAGUACAGUGUUUAUAAGGCAAGGCGGCCUAUGUGGUGCUCAUGUCCUUGAUUGAAGUCAAGAGCUGUAAGUGGAAAGCAAUAGACUGUUCAGAAACCACAAACGAUAACAUUCACUGGCAGCCACUUUGAAAUCUUAGAAAAGCUAAACCUAUAUUUUCAAUUAUGAUCCACUCAAAGACACAAAAACAUGCUUAUUUUCCCUCUAUCAAAGUCCAAGCCUUCGGCGAGACCUUUGAACACACCAAGGAUGUAGCCUUUUAAUAUUUGU